GCAGUCAACAAAGUGAAGCGGGCUGUAGGGACCGCGAAAGAGAUCGGCUGUGCUGUGUAUUGACAUUUUAAGUGUUUUUAGGUUUGUUAUAUGAUCAAAAUGAGGAGUGUCAUUUUACUGCUGCUUCUCUGCCACGCUGCGUCUGCAAUGACUCACUCUCUGAAGUAUUUCUACACUGCGUCUACUGGAGUCCCAAACUUCCCAGAGUUUGUGGCUGUUGGGUUGGUUGAUGAAGUUCCGAUAAGUCACUAUGACAGUAACACCAGGAGAGCAGAACCCAAACAGGACUGGAUGACAAGACUCACAGCAGAUGAUCCUCAGUACUGGCAGAGGGAGACUGAGAGAUUAAUGGGUACACAGCAGAACUUCAAAGCCAACAUUGAGAUUGCAAAGCAGCGCUUCAACCAAACUGGAGGUGUCCACAUUUACCAGAACAUGUAUGGCUGUGAGUGGGACGAUGAGACUGUAAAAACUAAUGUUUUUUGUCAGUAUGGUUAUGAUGGAGAAGACUUCCUAUCAUUUGACCUGAAGACAGAGACAUGGAUCACUCCUAAACAACAGGCUGUCAUCACCAUACACAAGUGGGACAGUAACAAAGCUGAUAUAGUUUACAGGAAGAAUUACCUCACUCAGAGUUGUCCUGAGUGGCUGAAGAAGUAUGUGGACUAUGGGAGGAGCUCUCUGCUGAGAAAAGGUAGAAUGUCCUGAAUUACAAUACCUGAA